AAUUUCGGACUUUAUGUGAUCGAGGAAGCUUGUUCUAUGGACCUGCCCACUUGAUCGAUUCUCGUGCACAGACUUCAACCAAGGGCGCAGGAGCUCUCACUGUCAAUCAAGAUCAUGCAGGACCGGCAAACGAAUCUCACCUCACAUCACAUAUCGUCACUGGCAACAAUCCACAUCGCAGCAUACGUUUUUUUUCAUCUACUGGGCUCGGAAGUGUCACUCGGCAGGAUUUCGGUCUCUCGUAGCCGGAAAUACCUGGAAACGAACAAUGACGGCUCCGGAAAAUUUCAAAUCAUGGUGCUCCGUGCAGAUUGUGCGAAUCAGGGUCAUUCUCCUCUCACGACAUUGCAUCCACCAACACAGCAAAACCAAAAAAAACCAACAAAAAACAACACAAAUCUCUUUAUUUUCCUAGGGCGCGGGUAUCACUUAUUGUUGGCAAUUUCUUUUCCUUCACGAAUUUUCCUUUUCUUCUUGAGCGAGAGGUGGAACGUCAUGUCCUCAGGGCACGGCGCGGGCGAAUCCGAGCUGUCAAGUGUCGUGUCCGGGGCUGUUCUGACACACAAAGGGGACGAGGAGCGGAGAUGUGGACGGCGAAAGCCGUGGAUUGUUCGAUUGAAGGACCCUGGACUGGUUUGACUGCAAGUUCGUCACUCCUGGCUGAUCGAGUGCGCUCCUGGACUCCAUGGACAAAGCAGUGAGUCGUCGGGGCAUACGGCAUUUGGGAAGCCUAUGGAAGGGCGCGCAGGCAUAUGGGCAAGCGG